AUGCUCCGAAAAACGACGAGCGUGACCUCCUUGUACUGGGACGGCGAGCACACGCAGAAGACCACCAGGAAAAAAUUCAAGGACAGAGCACAACACCUCUGGCAGAGCUUUGGCCAGAGUGCUCCAGAGCUGCGGCUCAUCUAUUCCAAGAGGGAGGACGAGCGCGAAGAGGAAGAAGAGAAGUCAGAGAAGGAUCCACUGACUGUAAAGGCGCUGGCAAAGGAGAGCAAGAUCGACCCUGAGUUCAGGAGGCAGAUGUGGGCGCUUGUGUCUGAAAGGCAGCGACAGAAUCAUCAACCGGGCCGCAAGAGUGGACCCGAUGAUGCAGCAAGCCAGUCAGCACCUCAGAGCAGUGCGUGAAGUGAGCGAGAGAGAGUGCCUAACAGAUCGCAGACUGGAUCAGGGACAGUGUUGGAGUGCGUUGCACUGUCCAGUGCUUGUGCGCUGUUGACGGAGGUUCCUUCAAGGAACCAAGUGUCAAACUGUAUUUGUUUGAUCUACCAUGAUUGACGUCGACGCCACUGG